AUGGCUACAUCGGAUGGACUAGACGGCUGUCUGCAACGAGGCAGAUCUCAAAGUGACCCGAACAUACUCACCGAACCGGGCAUCGAUUUGUCUCACGGCACAGUAGAAGUGCUGGAACAGCAGAGGGUGCUGAGGACAGGUUGCCUGGUGACGGGGGUCCACACUCCACCCAUUCGCCGCAACAGCAAGCUGGCAACCCUGGGGCGCCUAUUCAAGCCCUGGAAGUGGAGGAAAAAGAAAAAUGAAAAGCUCAAGCAGAGUUCCACAGAUGUAGCAUUAUCUAGCAGUCUUCUAUGCCACGACCCAAGUUCCCCCACUCAGGGCUGCUGCUCAGAUGGUACACUCCUGCUUGGAGGAUUCGGGGGACCUUUGAGCCCAAACCUCACUGUCAGCAGCGUGGAAUAUCUUGGUCCUGAUGAGGAGUACCCCCCUCCAGCUGCCCCUCUCCAAGAUUGUGAACGAGUAGAGGACAACAUACCACUUACAGAUGAGGAGGGAGACGAGGAGGUGCACCCUGUCGGUGAUUUACCUGAGGGGUUGCAGGAUGUGGGAGAGCAGAUGGAAGAAAGACCAGAGGAGGAAAUUCCUCCAGGAACUUCCCCACCACAAGUACCUCCAAAACUUUUGCCCCAGCUGAGUCCUGGAGAUGAUUCAGGCCCCAUGUCACUGCCUGCUCACCUGCCCAACUCCUACCUCCCCAAGGAACCUCCACCCAGGGCCACAGAAAGCUUGGCUUCAAUGACCCUGGCACUAAGAGGGCCCCUGGCCAACUCCUCAGGGUCCCCACAUAUAGGCAAUAUGAUGCACCCUCCCAUGCCCCCUAGCUGCAUCAUGGAGGAACUGCAGAGAGCCUUCGCGUCCAAGAACAGACAGGAGAGUGUCCAUGAAGGGUGUGAGCAGGGCUCACCCCCACGGCUGUGGUGCUCUGACGGGCGGCUCUCUCGCUCCUGCAGCUCUGAGAACCAACACACAUCAUCUCUGGUGGGUGGCUGUGUGGGAGGAGGAGGGUCUGACUGGCCCAAAAAGGAGGCAGAGGAGAACAAGGAGAAUGUGCGGCUGGACCAGUGCUUCUCCAACACCUCAGGCCUCCCCACCGACUUGGAGGGCUGGAAUGAUUCCGUCAUCUCUGGCACACUUCCUCGCAGGCUAAGGAAGGAGCUGCUGGCAGUUAAACUACGAAACAGGCCCAGCAAGCAGGAGUUAGAGGACCGGAAUAUCUUCCCAGUAAGGAGUGACCAGGAGCGCCAGGAAAUUCGCCAGCAGAUUGAAAUGAAACUUGCCAAGAGGCUGAGCCAGAGACCGAAUGUGGAAGAGCUGGAGAGUCGGAACAUCCUAAAACAGAGAAACGACCAGACAGAGCAGGAGGAGAGGAGGGAGAUCAAACAGCGGCUAAACAGAAAGCUCAACCAGCGGCCCACAGUAGAUGAGCUGCGAGACAGAAAGAUUCUGAUCCGCUUCAGUGACUAUGUGGAGGUGGCCAAAGCUCAGGACUAUGACAGGAGAGCAGACAAGCCCUGGACUCGGCUCUCAGCAGCAGACAAGGCUGCAAUCCGAAAAGAGCUGAAUGAGUUCAAAAGCACCGAGAUGGAAGUACAUGCCUCAAGCAAACACCUAACAAGGUUCCACCGGCCAUGA